UACUUUCUCUCUCUACUUACUUGCUCUGACUUCUCUCUUCUUACUCCUCGUAAUAACCCCUCGGAUAAGCUACCCCGGGUACACUAUCCAUCAAUAGGUUAAUGGAUGGAUGUUCUCACUCACUAAUGUCGAAGAUUUCCAUGAAGCUAUCGAAACAAUUUAUAUGAUUGUCAAGUUAUAAUCCGAGGGUUGAUUCAUGAAGGUUGAUUCAUCAAGGUAUCAUUGUCCAAGUAUUAUUACUGCUUUCAUCGCCAGAAGGCAUAAGGAAGAUAUAAAUCAUCGAAAGUUGAUUAUGCUUUCAACGAUGCAGACCAGAAGGCGUUGGUGUUGAAGUCCAUGAAGAAGAAUAGUUCCGAUUUGGCGAAGGAUGCAUAAGGAAGAUUUUAUUUACUCGAUGAAUUUGGAAAUCCGAGAGUUAGUGACCGUUAGGUAUCUUAUACGGAGUACUGUAUAGUGCAUACUUCGUAUUAUCUUCAAACGAAAGAAAAGUUUAUCUGGCUCGGCGUCGGCGAGUUUUGGCGGAACAAAGCUAGCUUGGAAAAUGUUCGUGAGAAGCCCAUUAAUAAUAUUCAUAACAAUAAUCUGCUCCAUUUCAUGCUUAGAUUGCUCCCUUUCUGAUGAUGAGCGAACUGUCAUCAGUGUAGAUCAGUUCGGCACUCAAGGAGAUGAUGAUUCCCAAGCGUUUAGAAGAGCUUGGGAUAUAUUUUGUCAUACCAAAGCGGGACUGCUGUUGAUUCCUAUGGGGACGUAUUUUCUGAAGCCAAUCUCUUUUGAUGGACCCUGCAACCCGAAUCUUACAAUGAAGAUAGAAGGGACAAUUAAAGCUUGGCCGGACAAAAGAGAGUAUGAAACUAGUGGGAGGCUAAACUGGAUGCUUUUUCGGGGCCUGCACUACUUCAAUGUUGGAGGAGGAGGCACCAUAGAUGGCAAUGGGAAACACUGGUGGAAGCAGUCUUGCAAUUCCUUGAACAACCAGCUGCAUUCACAAUGUGAUAACGGUUCAAUACCAUUUUCAGUCAUGUUUGAGAAUUGCACGAACUUGAAGGUGGAAAACUUAUGGUUUACAAAUGCGCAAAAAAUGCAUCUCACUUUAAAUAUAACUCGACAUGUUGAACUCUCACGGAUCAAUAUUGAAGCUCCUUUUGACAGCCUUAAUACCGACGGGAUUCAUAUAUCUAGGAGCCACAAUAUUAGUAUCACCCAUUCAACCAUUAAAACAGGUGACGAUUGUAUUUCAAUAGUGAACAGAACAUCAUCUGUUAGAAUUCUUGACAUUAAUUGCGGGCCAGGGCAUGGAAUCAGUAUUGGAAGCUUAGGUCGACUAGGUAAUCAAGAGACUGAAUCUGUUUCCGACAUUGUAGUCAAAGGAGCCAAAUUUAAAGGAACAAGUAAUGGGGUGAGAAUAAAGACCUGGCAGGGCGGGAAAGGAAUGGCAAACAACAUUACAUUUGAAAACAUAGAAAUGGAUAAUGUGAUGAAUCCCAUAAUCAUAGAUCAGUUCUAUUGUGCGAAAUUCGGAAUUGGUGCAUGCGAUGAGCAGAAAAACGCUGUAAACAUAAGAAGUGUCCUAUAUAAAAACAUAACAGGAACAAGUGCAAGUGAUGUGGCUAUAUUAUUCAACUGCAGCAAAACGUACUCAUGCCAAGAUAUAGAGUUGGAAAAUGUGACAUUAAGUGGCGUAAAAGAACAAGAAGUCAAGGCUUCAUGUUCACUAGUUCUUCCAAUCAUUGAAGGAGAUGUCUUCCCACGUUGUGUUUGAGAUCACCAUGCCACCGCCCCACUUCCGCUUUGAAUUCGAUGCUUAAGAAUUUUUAGCAACACACAUUCAUAAUUUCAUUCUUGUUAAAGUGAUGGACUGCCUCCACUUAUUGUCCACAUUUUAAAGUUGAAAGUACUAUACUUCAAAUUCUUAUGUUGUUAAGUUCAUCUAAAAUGACGUGUCUUGGGGAUUUCAGGUAGAAGUCAUAUUUAUGUUUAAAAUAAAUUUUAC